AUGGACGACCAUACUAAGGAGUAUCCUGCCAUCGAGGACACCAAACCCGCUGGGCGUCGCCCAAAAAUAAUAAAGAAUUGGCAGACAUUCCCCAUCGACGACCUGCCACCUUUGACCGUGUUAAGUCCCCGCAAGAUCGUCAAGACAUGGGGGGGAAAGGACAAGCCCCAGACACUGCCGACGAAGAAAGAGGUCGAGGGCAGUGCAGCUCCGCGAGAGAGCACCAAGAAUAAGCAAGUUGGUUUCUCUUCAGCGGUGCCGUCUUCUACGAAUUCUGGAGGAAAGGAACCCGUCCCAGUGUCCAAGCCUUUCGGCAAGGUCCAGAGCGGCCAGCCGGCCCUGAAGGACUCUGUGAAUGGCCUGUUGGAUGACCCAACGUACCAUCCUUCGAGAGACGAACCACGGUAUUUUUUGAGGGCUAACCCGUUGAAUAUCGUACAGAAACGCCAAGUCCCGCCCGCAGCCACCGAAGGAGACGGUUCAUCUGCCAGGAAGCGCCCCAAGUUGACAGAAUGCGAACCCGGCCAACCACGCCGCACCGAGAACAAGAUCGAUUUCUAUUCGAAAAUGGCCGCCAUUAUUCGCGAGAAGAGUUCCUCUGCCAUGAAAGAACCUACAAGCUGCACCACCUGUCAGACUGAACUUCAAGACCUUCGAAAGGCGAUCAGCACGAUGAAUGAUACUCUUGAUGCAGUGGUUAAGAAGCUUGACGCUAUGGCCCAGGAUGCUAGACUCUAUAGAAAGGGCACCCAGUGCCUUGUUGCAGCCGCAUAUGGCGAAGAGACGCCCGCAGAUUCGGAUAACGACGCCUGAGAAACUGCGCAGGGGGUUGUUGGGAGGGAGGGUCCCAGGUAUUUGGGUGCGUGCGGAAAACACUGGCGAUACUACUACUUGAUUUUGCCAUCUCAUAGCAUAUUAAAAAGGGACGACCGGAUUGGUGGUGGAGGUUUAUCUUGCUGUCGGAAAAUAAAC